UCUUAAUCAGCCUCUCCAAACCAACCAGUGUACACAACGGAGGAAUCUGGCCCCAAACAACGCCCUGAUGCCACUGUCGGGCACCCAAAAGACUCUCGAAGAGAGUCCUGCCUGUCGCCCAGAUGCCUGCUGAGAGCUUUAACGUGUCGAGCCCAGCCUUGAUGUGUCUCAGAUACCGUUUCAGCCACCACAUUUAACUCACCAUUUGCAGUGGUUGCCUCCUGCUUUACCCACGGAACUAGCAGAAGGGAUGCGCUAAGGAAGGCUGAGCUGCCCUGCCUUGCUGGUGUCCUGACUGGGAGCUGCUCCUCCUGUUACUCACCAGCAGCUCAGACCUUUUCCACCCACCAAGUUUUCCCCGUUUCCCAUGUAGCAAGCUGCAUCCCCCUUAGCGCACGCCGCGCCGUGCCGCGCUCGUUCAGCGGGCGCCUUGCGAGCUUCUCUUGGCUCUCGGUGCCUUCUGGAGCGUGUUGGAAGUCGUCGGGAUAUAGAUGGGCUCCGCUGGGAAAUAAUAGCGGGAUGAGAUCAGCUGCGGGAGCGACUCGCUGAGGUCUGGCCGGGCUGUGGCUGCCUGGAACUCCGCUGGAGAGAGGAGGGAGAAGAUGCCAUUCCACCAUGUAACAGCUGGCUUGUUGUACAAAGGCAACUACCUGAACCGCUCACUCUCCGCCGGCAGCGACAGCGAGCAGCUAGCGAACAUCUCCGUGGAGGAACUGGAUGAGAUCCGUGAAGCUUUCCGGGUGCUGGACAGGGACGGCAAUGGCUUCAUAUCCAAGCAGGAGCUGGGCAUGGCCAUGCGCUCCUUGGGAUACAUGCCCAGUGAGGUGGAGCUGGCCAUCAUCAUGCAACGCCUUGACAUGGAUGGGGAUGGCCAGGUGGAUUUUGAUGAAUUCAUGACUAUUCUGGGACCCAAGCUGGUAUCAUCAGAAGGCAGAGAUGGCUUUCUGGGCAAUACAAUAGACAGCAUAUUCUGGCAGUUUGACAUGCAAAGGAUAACACUGGAAGAGCUGAAACACAUCCUCUACCACGCCUUCCGGGAUCACCUAACGAUGAAGGACAUCGAGAACAUCAUCAUCAACGAGGAGGAGAGUCUAAAUGAGAACUCGGGCAACUGCCAGACAGAGUUUGAAGUGCACGCCCAGAAGCAGAACAGACAGACCUGCGUCCGGAAGAGCCUUAUCUGCGCCUUCGCCAUGGCCUUCAUCAUAAGCGUGAUGCUGAUCGCGGCCAACCAGAUCCUGCGCAGCGGCAUGGAGUAGCCUCUGGCCACCACACUGUGAACCAAACUGACCAUGCAUGCGCAUGCCACCGGGUGAGCUUCCCCCUGAAACCGAAACCGACUCUCCCACGGCACAGAGGCAAAGAGGCAAGGCAGACAGAGCACCCCUCUCCAGCAGGAGCCUGAGAGCCAGCAGCGUUAACUGUGGCUUGCGAAUCAACUGCAUCCUUUUGGCAGGGACAUCAAAGGGCUGUCUUAAUGCUUUAAAGGGGGUUGGGUUGUUUU